AUGUUCAUGCAAACCCUUGUCGGAUCAGCAAGAAUCUGGUUCAAUGAUUUACCUUCCAGAAGCGUUCGAAGCUUCGAUGACCUUAGCAAAGGGUUCCUGGCCAACUUCACCCAGCAAAGGCGAUACGUUAAAGAUGCUACAGUGAUUUUCCAGAUAAAACAAAGGGAUGACGAAAGCCUUCGGGAGUUCAUAGAAAGGUAUAAAAAGGAAGGUCUAAUGUAUGUGGGGGCACAUGAAAAAAUGAGAGUAGCCGGUUUCAUGAAUGCAAUUACCUCCAAGUUCCUUACCAGGGAUUUCAACAAGUCCCUGCCAAAGACCUUAGAAGAAGCUCUCGAAAGGGCCGAAGCCCACAUCAGAGGAGAGGAGGCUGUAGACAUAAAAGAACAAAGAAAAAGGGGAUCUAGCUGGCGAGGCAACAGUCCAGCUAGAAAAAAAGGGGAACUUUCAUUCCUAUGA